GUAAACAGUAUAUAUAGACGUACUGCCAGUUGGUGAACCAUCGUGACAGAUCAAGCAGCCCACCCUCACCAUUCAGUCACAGAGUAGUACCCUUGGUCAAACCAACACCGCCCCCUUAUACAGGUCCCGCUUGAGCCCCGCAUCAUCAGUUCUCACCAUCAUGGCGCCUCCAGCUGAGAUCAAGGCCUUGGUCAUCACCAAGCCUGGGACGGCCGAGAUCAAGACCGUACCCCUGCCAACGCUCCCGGACGAUUAUAUCCUCGUCCGUGUCACGGCCGUGGCAUUGAACCCAACAGACUGGAAACACAUCGACAUGGGCGAAAACACCGUAGGCACGAUCGUUGGCUGCGACUAUGCCGGCGUCGUCGAGCAGGUGGGGCCCAAGGUCACCAAGCCGUUCGCCAAGGGCGACCGUGUCGCCGGCAUUGUCCACGGGUCCAACAAGGUGCGGCCUAAUGGCGGCGCGUUUGCCGAGUAUAUCAUCGCCAAGGGCGACCUGCAGAUCAAGAUACCCGACAACCUGAGCGACGAAGAGGCUGCGACGCUGGGUGUGGGUGUCAGCACGGUGGGCCAAGGUCUCUACCAAGCCCUGAAGCUGCCGCUCCCCGGCACGGCCGCUCCCAGCAACCCACCACCCGAGAUCCUCAUCUACGGCGGCAGCACAGCCACCGGGCUUCUGGGCAUCCAGUUCGCCAAGCUCUCCGGCUAUCGCGUGGCCACGACUGCGUCGCCUCACAACUUCGACUACCUCAAGUCCCUCGGCGCUGACGGCGUCUUUGACUACCACUCGCCCACCGUGGCCGACGACAUCAAGGCCUGGAGCGCCAACCCGGACGCGCUGACCCUCGCGUGGGACUGCCACGCCAGCGACGAUGCGGCUCGCAUCAGCGCGGCGGCGCUGAGCACGACGCGCGAGGGCCAUUAUCGGGCGCUGCUGAGGGUCAAGGACGACGUUGUGCGGAGCGUCAACCCGAAGGUGGACAAUGGCUUCACCCUGGCCUAUACCAUCUUUGGUGAGGAGAUCGAGAAGUCGCGGGUGUGGCCUGCUGUGCCGGAGGACUUUGAAUUUGGUAAGACCUUCUGGGAGCUGGCGAGGAACCUGCUGGCGCAGGGCCAGCUUAAGCCUCCCCGGCCAGACACCAACCGUGGGGGGAAGAAGGGCUUGGAGGGCGUUCUGUAUGGAUUGCAGCAGCUGAAAGAGGGCAAGGUCAGCGGUACCAAGUUGGUGUACACCCUAUGAGCCGGAGGGCCGCUAGCGAUCUGCUGAACCGCUUCUCGAAAAAAAAAAAAAUGAUGAUGAGAACGGAAAGUGUUUGCGUUAGACUAAACUAAAAUAAAAAGACAACGCCUUUUCUCUCUCUCUUUUUUUUUUUUUUU